AGGAGGAGCGCCAGGUAAGAGAGACGUGCCCGCGCGCACAGCCAUCCACGAGCGGUCGAGCUUUCGGCCCCUGCGAGCUUAGUUGUCGGCCCGACCCAGCGCUCGCAAGAUAUACCCGCGACGCUACCCGACCCAGUAUACAUUAUUAUUACUGUACCUACCCGCUGUCUUACAUUUUCUUUGUGUCCAUCCGUCUCUUCGGUGUUGCUAUUUAAAAUAUUUACUAGUGUAUAGCAGUACCGCCGUUUUAACGCGUUACCGGGAAAAUCUCGGGUGUAUUUCGAGCUUCGCGCCGGAGAGGAGACGAGGAAACGUGCGGCCCAACUGGCGCCUGUGUACGAAAAAAAAAAAAAAAACCAUCGCAAGGCCGGACAAUUUUGUCUGGGUGUGCGUGCCAUCGUUGAAUAAUAAAUGAUCCAGUGCAGCGGAGGAAAAGGGAGAAGACAUGCCACCUCGGGUGUAGUGCGAAUCGGUAUACGCGCGAGCGAGCCGAUCGCAGCAUGAAAAUCGCGCGUCUCCUCGGCUCCGACGGGCUCUUGUUCCCUUCCGAGAGCGAAAGCAGCGGGGGAAGGAUGAGGAGCCCAAGGCGCUUGCAUUCCCGAGCAGACUCGGUCCAGCCGGAGUGGACCCGUCGCCGAUGUUGCAUUAGCGACGCCGGAGCUUGCACCGACCACCGGACCAUAUAACCCAUACAUACAUAUAUAUAUAUCAUGACCGUGUCGUACCAGUACGAGGUCGCUAGCUCGACCAGCGGCGGCUUCACCAGGCUCCUGUUCAUGUGGCGGGGCUCCCUCUACAAGCUCAUAUACAGGGAACUCGCGCUGUUUCUCCUCCUAUUUGGCGUCAUAUCGGUGCUCUAUCGCCACGUGCUCACCACCACCCAGAAGAGGUCCUUCGAGCAGAUAGUCGUCUACUGCGAUACCUUCAUCAACCUCAUACCGCUCAGCUUCGUCCUCGGCUUUUACGUCGCUUACGUCGCCAGCAGGUGGUGGCAGCAGUACAUGGCCAUACCUUGGCCCGACAAGGUGAUGCACUCGGUGGCGCUUUACGUGACGGGGAACGACGAGUACGGGCGCAUGGUGCGCCGUGCCCUCAUGCGUUACCUCAAUCUGUCGCUCAUCCUCGUCUUGAGGUCCAUCAGUUCGGCCGUGAAGAGGCGAUUUCCCACCUUGGAUCACGUUGUCGAUGCCGGUUUCAUGACCGCGCUCGAGUUGGAUCUGUUCGUGUCGGUGCCGAGCCUCGAAUUCAACACCUACUGGAUCCCUUGCACGUGGUUCAUCAAUUUGCUCAAAGAGGCCAGAGCGAAUCAUCGAUUGGCCGACCCCCAAGGCUUGAAGAUCAUAAUGGAGGAGUUCAACGAUUUCCGAUCAAAGUGCGGUAUGCUCUGGAGUUACGAUUGGGUGUCCAUACCGCUUGUCUACACGCAAGUGGUAACUCUGGCCACUUACAGUUUCUUCGCUGUGGCGCUAGUCGGCCGACAGUACAUCGAGGGUGCCAUCAAGCCAUUCCAAAUGAAAGUUGACAUUUAUUUUCCCGUAUUUACGGUACUGCAGUUCUUUUUCUUCAUGGGUCUACUCAAGGUCGCGGAACAGUUAAUUAAUCCUUUUGGCGACGACGACGAGGAUUUCGAGCUUAAUUGGCUAAUUGAUCGCCACACCAAGGUUUCCUAUCUCGGGGUCGACACGUUGAUGAACCGCUGCCCGCCUCUCGUCAAGGACAUUUACUAUGACUCGGAGAACAUCAUCUUACCGUACACGGAAGCUGCAGCCGCGUACAAGCGCCAAACUUACCGAGGCAGCGUGGCGAACAUGAGCGUGCCCGAAGCCAAGCAAACCAUGUUCCUGCCCAACAUCGCCGAGGAAGAAGAGAAACAGGACACGUCGAGCACGGCCAGUCCCAAGACGUCCGACGCUAGUUUGGCCAUCAACGCGAACGACAGCCCGUCGGUUGGCGAGAGACGCCAGGGUGGCUCCUCUCCUCAGUCAUCUCGUCGAGUGGCUCGCGGCCCUAGCGAAACGAUCGUUACGCUGAGCGUCCAGGAGCAGGAGCAGUACCCGGAGCAGCCCGGGAGAACCGGCCGGCCAACGAGCGCCCUCGCCGAGGCGGUCAAGAUGUUCUCCCUCAAGGGCAAGUUCGGGGAGCAGCACGGCCUGCGCAAGCCGUUCCUCGCCCUCGCCAAAACUGCCCGGGUCAGCAUCCAGCCCUGGCCCAGCGCCACGAACCUCAAGUCCGAGGCCAUCCCCGGCUGGACCGCCCCGCCGAUCUCCAGGCUCCCCCAGUCGCGCUCCUUCAACAUUCCCAGCAUCGACGUCAGACGACCCUCCGCCGCCGACGACGAACUCGACCAUCCCGCUGUACCUACCGACGACGCCACACCCAGGAUGCCCAAGGGGCCGAGCGAGGGGGUACGAGGAGGUCGGGGUGGCUUCCUGUGCCGGGAGGAGAGCAUCGAGGAGGGCCAGGAGCCUUCGGUGGUCGGGCGAGCCGAGCGGUUCAACAGCUUCCCCAAGUUCUUGGCGCGCCGGCAGCGCCAGGCAGCCCUACGGCUGACGAGGAGGAUCAAGUCCCUCGAGGAGAGCCAAGCGGUGAGCAAGAGCUCACCGGAGCUGAGGUUGGACGUGGAGUCCGGGGAGGAGGUGCUUACCAGUGGGGUGACCUGCGAGUGUGGACGGGCCAGGUUCUUUACGGGCAACGACGAUGACGACGAGGAUGAAGAAGACGAGCUGAGCAUCAAGGCCUGAUACGAUGGGCUGCUGCUGAUGUGACUUUUGCGGUGCAUAUAUUAUACAGGGGGAGACUUUGAGUGCCUAUAUGUAUAUAUUAUAUUGUAUAAAAUAUUUUCCCAUUGGACGAUGACGUUGAGAAUGAGUUGAACGAUUGAUGGUGGAUGAACGUAUUAUAUCGUACAUAUAUUUUGUCACCCCAUUGGCUAUCCAAAAGAUUUUCUUUUUUUUUUUUUUUUCAUCUUCCCGAGAGUGUGCGUGAUAUGGAUGUUUAGUUACGAAAUGUUGAAUUUUUUAGUACAAAUAUAUAUAUACAUGAUACGUGAAGCGGGUAAACAAAAGAAUUUGUGUACAUUGGCAACUGCGGUGGAAUUUUUAUGAUAUAAUGAUGUAUGUCUCAUGGGUAUUAUACCUAACAAAAUGUUUUAGCCAUAUUACUUACAUGUUCCACGAUGUGUUUAGCCAAAGCCAACGAUUCCGAGCGCAUUUUACAUUAUUAUCUCCUUUACACGUUGAUUUUUCUCUGUUAGCAAAUCUGCAUACCACAUCGGUGACACGUACUUUUUGUUGGUUUGGUAUAGUUCAAGUUCUCGUUUUUCAUGAAAUGCAUCACAGUAGUGUUGAUAAUGCAUUUCGUAAAAAAAAAACAAAAAAAUUGCUACUUCAACUACCCACUUGGAUAAACACACAGUGUGUUGCCAAUUUUUUUUUUUUUUUUUAUUUAGCAAAUGUGUUUUAAAAAUAAAAUGAAUCAUUUAUGUGAAA